CCCUAGCGCAGCGUGCGGGUUGUGUGUGAAUUUUAUAAUAAUUCGUGGUUCAAAUGGGGGUUAGACUGCUCAUUCUAUUGGCACUUCUGGUUGGGGUCCUGUACUGCCUCCACCUGCUGGUCAAGGACUACCAAGCUCUGACAGCGCCGAGACUCCUGCGCAUGCUGUUCAAGAGGGACACCAACUCUAUGAAUGAGUCGAUCAGUGAUUGGAACCCCCACGUGCGAUGGCGAAUGAUUCUGCACCAUGACCCCAUACAGUGCGCCCGGUAUCUGUACUGCGAGCUGGGAGUCACGAGCAACAAACACACAGAACUGCAACACGGCUUUGUGUAUAUGCUGACCUUGAACCCGAAAGAAGUCGACCGAACGUCCCGCGACGUGUUCAUCCAGGCGUACAACUACGGUGUCAAGCACCAAAAUCCGGGACACUGCAGGAACGAAUACCCGUAUUGCCCGUUUGACUAUUCCCUGCUAUUCCAACUAAUCGAUUAUUUACUCCAUCAGAAAGACUGAUAUGAUUUUGUUGAAAUCUUGAGUGUAGUUGAGAAGAAUCGAAAUAUUGACGCGACUGACAUAAAUGUGAUUACUUUGAAAGUUUAAACAAGCACUUAAACAAAUUGAUACAUUUUAAUAACAUUAAUUUGGUUGGCAAUAUUUAUUAAAUGUCCGUCACGUCGCUUGUUUAUUUUACCUACCUGUGACAUAUUUCUGUAAAUAUUUAAUGUAAUAUUCUAUAAAAAAAUUUACUCACUAGUUACUUACGCACUUGCUAUGUGGUCAUAAAUCUAGAUAUCGAAGACGAAAUGAGUGUUUUAAAAAAAUAUCUUCAAGUACAUAAAUACACAAAGAAUAUUUUCAUUAAUCUGCUCAUUUGGAACUCUGAACCAUAUGCCUUCCUUCGUUCUGUGGCUCAAAUUCAUUUAGGUACAUACAUUAAUAUUACAUAACUUUAUAUUUUCCAAGUCCAGUUAUAUGUAUACGUAGAGCCUCUCUAUUUUUGUUAUUGUAAGCGAACGUUAGAGAUAUGUUAUUUGAUUGGUUAGGUUCAUUGUUUAUCUUUUUCUUGUGCAAAGCGAACGCAAACAAACAAUAACCCUUUAAAUGUAAACAAAACAAGAAUAACUGAAAGUAUGAGCAGGCAGCAUCCAGUUUUAGCAAUAAUUCCUUUGAUGUUAAAGGAUUUGCCACACUGGGUCUUUUCUCGUUCUGCGGUCAAAGUGAACGUAGCCCGCAUUAUGUAUAUGAACAACAUUGUCGUUCAGGGCAACGGUCUGCGGUCCGGGCAAUACAGUCUGCCAGUGAUCGUGAACAGGCAAUAUGUCAUCGUUUUUUUCUCGUGCCGCAAUGUCAGGCCGCAUCAGUACGACUAUGUUUAUAGAUCGUGCAAGGUUGGAUUAUUAUCGGGGGCUUGGUGACCGGACGUCGCGACGGAGGACGUCCACCCACAAGGUGGACCGACGCCUCAUAAAAGUAGCGGGAAGGCGCUGGAUGCAGGC